AGUGAGCUUGUAGUGCGUAUUUUAUGAAAAUUUUAUUGUAUUUUGAAUUUAAGUGAGUUUGUCAAAUGGGCUUUCUUACCUAAAGCUAUAGGCUUCAUUGGAAGCAUAGCCUAAAGUGACAAUCAUUGGAUGGCUAUGUAUUACUACGCAAGCAAAUUGAAUGAGGCUUCUUGUAGCGGGUGUCAUAUGAAGGUGCCACCUGCACCGGCUGAGCCUCCUCCGCCUCCGCCCGUGGAACCUGCACCAUUGCCACCCGAUCUUGACCUGAUACCUGAAAAUGGCCUAUCAUACUAUGAUAGUGAUGAUUAUUACUCCAUGGUGAGAGGAAACAAGUUUUUGACGGAGAGCGCCUGCAAACACAUUGUGAUGAAUGGGGGAAUCAAUUUUGUCACUUCUCAGAAAGUUGAGACAUCACAGCUCACAGCUAUUUUGGCACCGGGUGUAAAGACUAUGACGGGCAGUAUACCGUAUGUCGAAGAGGUAGAGUACAAAGAUGGUCAGAUUGUGAGUGCAUCAUUUGAAACACUUGUCGAUAUGUUGAGACCCGGUACUGGCAAAUCAUACACCUUCACGUUCCUACUAUGCUCAAGACUAUUCGUAAAACCACAUGAGCUACUAUCAAAACUUUGCAAGAGAUACACCAAGAACUAUGAUAAAAUAGAGAUGAUAGAAAAGGAAAUAGCGGACAUGGUAUCACUGGUUCGUGUACUUAAUCUGUGGACCUCGAUGUUUCCAUAUGAUUUCCGCGACGACCGUGUGAUGGCCAUAGUGAGGAACAUAACGCAGAGAUGUGCGGCGGAACACAUGUCAUCCGUGCGCGUGGAAAUGUCAACGAUGCUUGAGAAAUUGCUGGACAAACUCACAGCGUUGGAGCAAUACGAAGAGACGUUGGUUGAUAUCCCUCACGCCACCAACGUCGAUCAACUUCCCAUGGGUGACAUCCUAACACUUGGCCUCACACCGGUGGAGCUAGCCAAUCAGCUCACCAUAAUGGAACUACAUCGGCUGUCGUUUGUUGGUCCCGAGGAGUUUGUGCAAGCAUUCGCACCAGUACAGUCUACACAGUCAACGUCUGGCAAAAUUAAUAUGCACCACCCCGAAGCUAAGAGCACAAGGAAUUUAGAGGCCUACGCUGACUGGUUCAACCGUCUCAGCUAUCUAGUCGCAACGGAUAUAGUCAAGGGUGUGAAGAGCAAAUAUCGUGCGCGCGUGUUGGAGCAGUGGGUGAUGACGGCGCGCGAGUGCUUCAACCUCGGCAACUUCAACUCGCUCAUGGCCAUCAUCAGCGCACUCAACAUGGCGCCGGUCGUCCGCCUCAAGAAGACGUGGAGUCGAACGUCUGCGGUGUGCGGCCAACAGCUGCGACAGCUGGAACUGUGCGUCGAGCCCAGCGGUAAUCAUGCAAGGUACAGAGCGGCCCUGGCGGCAGCGCCUACAGAGACCGCGGUGCCCCUUUUAUCAGUCACGUGCAGAGAUCUACACUUCGCGAACCAAGCAUCUCCCACUAAACUGGCCGGCAACCGGGUGAACUUUGAGAAGCUGUCUCUACUGGCGCGGCACGUGAACGCGCACCUCGCCGCGCGCCGGCUGUGCGACGCCACGCCCCCCGCGCCCGCGCCGCCCCGCCCCCGGCCCCCCGCAUCGCACUACCUCGCCCGCGCUACUCUCACAGAGCAAGCGCUUGAAAUAACUUCAUUCGAACGCGAGCCACCGGUGGACCAUUUGGAGAAAGAACGAUUGAAGCGCUUAAGGGAGCCGCAUAAAGGAUCGAAGCGACAACAAUCGAACCGCAUACAGAUUAAACGAGACGUCCGUGGCAAAGAAAGGGCAAUGUUUUUUUUAAACAAUAUGAAAUCAUAAUAAAUAGAAUUAUAAUGGUGACAUAAUGAUACCUAGCUGUAGUUUAUACAUUUCGCUCAAUAUCAUAACUACUGAUCGCAUAAAUUUUAUACAUUUUUUAU